AUGACAGAAGAGCAUUCUAGGGGACCUAUGGGCACGUCAACAUUGGACGCAGAAAACGUCUCUGCAUGGGAAAAUCACAAGCUAGAAUCUGAACUUGCUAUUUUAGGCAACAAGGAGUCAGUUUUAGUUAAGGAUCAUCCACCAGUUUCGGAUCGAUUGCCAGAUGGAGCAUAUGAAAAAAGCUUUUCACUUGAAUUCACAUUAUAUGAGGCAGUUUUAUACGACUGUCCUGUACCUAUAAUUUUCCAGGACUUGGUGAGUUCAUAUAUAGAAACAAUUCUUAAGACGGUUAUGGUUUUUGAGGUUAUUACUGGAGCACCAAAUUUGACGAGAGUGUACAAUAAUUUAGCAGGAAAAUUCAUGGAUGAGGUCGCAAAUUUCACAGGUCAUCAGGCGCUAGUGAAUCUUCAAUUCGAUCACAAAUCACAGAUGUCACGAAUUUUGAUCCUCUCGAGUUUUGUCUCAGGAGAUCCGAUGGCAUUUAUGUCAAUAGCUGUUCAACAGAAAAAUAGCACUGCUUCUUGA